AUGGAACCGCAGGAGGAGGACCGGACGCGGCUGCUCCCGGACGACGUGCUGGCAGACGUACUGAGCCGCCUCGCGCCGCGCGGCCUGGCCACGUCCCGCUGCGUCUGCGCGGCGUGGCGCGCGGUCAUCGACGGCCGCGGCCUGCUGCGCGCGGACCUCCUCCCGCCGAGCUCGCUGGCCGGCCUCUUCAUCAACUACGGCGGCGACUGCCGGUUUUCAUGCACGGGGAUCCUGUUCUCACGCCCGUCGUCCGCGACGACGUCGACGGAGGUCACCACCAGCUACCGCAUGCCUUACACUUACGUACAAGACCACUGCAACGGCCUCCUCCUCCUACACGGCGCCGUGGUCAACCCGGCGACGGGGCGGCGCGCGCCGCUGCCCGAGUGCCCGCCUCUUCCGACGGCGAUGGAGCGUUUUUACCGAGAAAUGUACCUUGUCUUCGACCCGGCAGCGGCCACGCCAUCGGCGGAGCAGUACGAGGUGGUGUCGAUCCCCCGUCCUCCUGAUCCUGACAGGGACGACGACGACGAGCUCGAAAAGAAGAUCAUCAUCAGACCUAGGUGGCCCGUCCGUGGUCCCACGACCAGGCGCCUGGAGAGAUCCUUGCUGCGAUCGGAGUGGCCGCCGUCGCCAUACGUUCUGGAUGUCUUCUCGUCCACAACGGGGAGAUGGGAGAAGAGAUCCUUCACCCGGGACGGCGAGGCUGCUGGAACCACCCUCGCUGACCUGCAGCUGGAAUAUAGGUGGGUGCCAUGUCGCCGGAGCGUGUAUUGGCGGGGGGCGCUAUACGUUCAUUGCGAAAAUGACUUCGUUAUGAGGAUAUCUAUGUCAAAUAAUACGUACCAUAUAAUCAAACCGCCAAGGGAAGUAUCUGAUAGAUGUGGAGAGAUUUAUCUUCAUCUAGGAAGGUCUGAAAAAGGAGUCUACUCUGCACUAUAUGAUUCUGAUGAGAGCAAGCUUCAGGUCUGGAUCCUUGAGGAGUCGUCGCGCGGUGUGAUGGAGUGGAUAUUGAGGCACGAAAGUAGUCCAGGGCUUUUGCAAGCAAGUUUAAACUGUAGAAGACAGAAGCACGGGCCAUGGAUUUUACGUGGCCUUUACAAUCGUCAACGCAAGGAACCAGUACAACAUAGUACGUUCGAUGAGUGGAAUUCUGAUGACGACGACAGUGUUCUCAACGUUGGAGAUGGUAGCACCAACCAGUACUGCUCUGGAUGUCUAGACAUCCUCGGAUUCCAUCCGUACAAAGAGAUUGUCUUCUUGCACACAUCGCGAUUGGACAGAGGAUUGGCGUAUCAUUUGAAGACAUCCAAACUCGAGGAUUUGGGUGACUUGUACCCUCCUCGUUCAAAUGCUUCUAGGAUAGAUUCGUGUGUUCCGUAUACACCUUGCUUGGCAGGAGAACUGCCUGAAAGUUUAUAA